CGAAUCUUCCGAAUUUUUAUGUCGCCGUCACACGACGGCCUAAAGCCUACAUUUGUUCAGUCCCUUCUGUCUGGCGGUGCAGCAGGAACCGCGGUUGAUCUACUCUUCUUCCCAAUCGACACUAUCAAGACCCGCUUACAAUCAGUCCAAGGUUUCGCUCGUGCAGGAGGUUUCAAAGGCGUUUACAAAGGUGUUGGAAGUGUCGUUAUUGGAAGUGCACCCGGUGCAGCAGCGUUUUUCACCACUUAUGAUUUCCUCAAACACAACCUACCAACAACAAUCGUAUCCACAAAUCCGAAUGUCAGUGCACCAUUCAAUCAUAUGAUAGCAGCAUCCAUUGGUGAAGUCGCUGCAUGCCUUGUACGAGUACCCACCGAGGUCAUCAAAACUCGUGCCCAAACGGGUAGAUUCGGUGCCUCGAACCAUUCUUCGCUGUCAACAUUCAGGAUGACGAUCGCAAAAGAAGGCUUCAGUGGUCUUUACAGAGGUUUCGGGAUCACCUUGAUGCGGGAGAUCCCGUUCACUUCUCUCCAGUUUCCUUUGUAUGAAUUUCUCAAAUCCCGUCUUGCGGAUCACUUCAAUAGACCGACAAAUCAACCUCGACUCUACGCCCAUGAAGCAGCAAUCUGUGGUUCCAUUGGGGGAGGUUUUGCUGCUGCAGUCACCACACCCUUGGACGUACUGAAAACUAGAGUCAUGUUAGAUAUUCGAACCUCCGGCCAGGCGAGGCUCUCUCUGUACAGCCGACUGACCGGAAUAUACCAAAAAGAAGGGUUAAGCGCACUGUUCUCUGGCUUAGUACCGCGAACGAUGUGGAUAUCCGCAGGUGGGGCUGUCUUUCUUGGGGCCUAUGAGUGGGCAAUGGGUGGAUUGAUGACUUCUGGUAUCGGAAGUUAGGAAUGUGUUUGAAAGAGAUACUCGAGCCUAAAAUAUCUUUGAUCCAUCAUCACAGACAGAUUAUAAGCUAAUUCAAAUUGUU